AUGAGUGUCAAUAAGAAUUCGUAUGUGCCUCUCCCCAACGAGAGCGCUCCGCCACCAUACCAGGAAGAGGAUCCUGCUCCAAACCUGUACAAUGUCCCCGAUGACUUCAAGUGGUCGACCAACGUGAGUGCUUGUGAACCACUGGUCAGACAGCAGUUCCUUCAUAGAGUGUACUCCAUAUUGUCAACGCAGCUGCUGGCUACGUUGUCGAUGGGCUACUUGACCUACAAAUGGGAGCCUUUGCGUGAGUUCACUAACUCCAAUACAUGGCUGGUGAUACUGGCCUCUAUAGGUUCCAUACUGACUUGCAUAUGGCUUGCCUUUGCCCCAAGCGUGGAUGACUAUGUGCCAGAAGAUGAGGCUAAUUACACCGGUGAAACUGAAACGAACAAUGAGCUAAGACCCGCCAAGGCACCAUGGUACUACUUGUCAAAGAGAGGCCAGUACGCUGUGCUAAGUGUGUUCACCAUUUGUGAAGCAUACUCCUUGUCGACCAUAACACUUGCCUAUGACCCUCAGAUUAUUUUGAGUGCCGUCCUUAUAACCACCGUGGUCAUAGUGGGUGUCUCCCUGGUGGCGCUGUCAGAGAGAUUCCAGUUUCUAACAGAGUCCGCCACUACUAUAUACUUCUGGCUGAACUGGGGAUUACUUCUACUGUUCGGUAUGGUGCUUACCGGUGUAUUCUUCGGCUUCAGCUCUAAGAUGAACAUUUUCUACGCUUGGUUCGGGGCCGCCUUGUUCACCAUAUACCUACUAAUGGACACCCAGAUGAUCUUCAGAAAAGUACGUCCAGAUGAAGAAGUUAAGUGUGCUAUGAUCCUAUACGUCGAUAUUAUCAACUUAUUUUUGCAUAUCCUAAGGAUCCUCUCUAGUAGAGAAAAUGAAUAA